AUGUUAUUCUGUGGUCCCAUCUAUACUGAAAGUUCUGAAACUGCGAAUCAGUCGUUUUUCGGAAAUCGGCUUCGUGGAAAUGCAUCUGGAAUCGUCUACGCUAUUUCGAGACUAUCGAUAAUCAAAUACAAAGUGCAGACUACAACAACCCACACUACUUCAGGAUUGUCAAAUAAUAACCCCUUGUCUGGUUACGUUAAGCUUCAACAAGAGGACUCUUACGAGCAAGACGAUUAUUUGUUCGAUACUGCACGAUCCAUUUAUGAUCGUAAUACCGACUUCAUACUUACUAGACCACGUUAUCAAAGACGUGCCUUAUCUGAAACAAGACAACCUCUGAACAAGUCACUUCUUCCAAACUCUAUAAUGGAAAACUCUCAAAGUAACGAGCCUGAGAUUAGAAGGCACAGUGAAGAACUUCCUGAUGACAGUUCCAGUAGUCGUCGCAGUAGUGCUUGGUCUCAACUUUCAAAAAAAUUUAAAUUAAAAGGGUCUCCUAAGGGUUUACAUAAUAAGGAAUUAGAGCUUUAUAAAUCUGUUUUCAGGGAAAUUAAUUUAGAAAAUAUGCAGCCUAGCUCUUCUCCGUUGACAACAAAUCAUGGUCCGCCUCUUACACCUGAAUUAUUCAACGAGAUCGUGAAUUUUGUAAAAGCUGCUAUACAUUCUGGUGUCCAACCAACCAGAAUUAGGCAAGGUUCUUCUGGUUCUUAUUUCUGUCGUAAUAUAGAUGACAAAAUUGUUGGCGUUUUUAAACCGAAAAACGAAGAACCUUAUGGUCGUCUUAAUCCUAAAUGGACAAAAUGGAUCCAUAGAAAUUUGUUUCCUUGCUUUUUUGGAAGAAGUUGCUUAAUUCCAAAUCUUGGGUACAUUUCGGAAGCUGCUGCUUCUCUUCUUGAUCGUCGUUUAAACUUGAAUAUUGUUCCUGUCACUGAAGUCAUCUGGCUAUCUUCUCCUUCUUUUCAUUAUGAUUAUCUGGACCGUCGUGCUGCUCGUUCAACUAAAAAUCCGAAGCCUUUACCCGAAAAAAUUGGUAGCUUCCAAAUAUUUUUGGAGGGUUUCAAAGACGCCAACAUAUUUUUGAAGGAACAUCCAUGGCCAGAAAGUCAAUUUUAUGCGAAUAAUGUAAUGGGUAAUGAACGCCAUGGUAAAUCUUUAAAUUCAUUUAUGUGUGGAAAAUCUAGUACGAUAGAUGAUGACAAUGAUCUAUACGAAUCUUCUCCACAUGGUAAGCGUUUUUCUUGGACUCCGGAAUUACAACUUCAAUUUAGAGAGCAAUUUGAAAAAUUAGUCAUUUUGGAUUAUUUAAUGAGAAAUACUGAUCGAGGUUUGGAUAAUUGGAUGAUCAAGUAUUGCGAAAAAGAUGAAAAUGAUUGUCCAAUAAUUACCCCUCCAAAGUCAAAAGUCAUGAAAACACCAGAUGUAUUGUCGAAAAAUUCUGCAAAUUCAUCUAAUACUUUAAAAGGUCCUGAAUCAGCAACAAUGUUACCUUCAGUAAAAUCCAAUAAUGAUGCUCUACAACUUUCCUCAAAUGGUAUUCAGCAUCCUCUCUCAGAUGAUUCGCUUAGCCCUGAUCCGUCAGUAUUACCUUCUAAGUCAACAACAACCGAGCCUUCUUCGAAUAAUGCUGACAAAGUUGAUACAGAAACUUCGCAAUCACUUAAUGUAUCAUAUCCACAUAUUCAUGUUGCUGCUAUCGAUAAUGGAUUAGCAUUCCCUUUUAAACACCCUGAUCAAUGGCGAUCAUAUCCGUACGGAUGGUUGUCCCUUCCUGAUGAUCUCAUAGGACGACCUUUCACUGCUAAUACAAGAAAUCAUUUUCUUCCGUUGCUUACAAAUCCAAGUUGGUGGAAAAAAACUGUAUCUGAGUUAAGAAGUUAUUUUCGUAGAGAUACGGACUUUGAUAACGGUAUGUUUGCAAAACAGAUUGCUGUUUUGAAAGGUCAAGGUUGGAAUAUUGUAGAAACUCUUGCUCAAACCGAUCAAAGUAUUAGAGACCUUUGUGCACGACGUAAUGUUGUGGUUUGGGAUGAGUUGGAAAUUAUUGAAAUUCCUGGAGAUCCUUAUGCUGAAAGAAAUCGCAAUAGCAGUGGAGCUGACGUUGCUAAUAGAGGUCAUGGUGAAUCUAAUAGGGUUCCAUCACCAGUAGAUGAGGAAGGGGAAGUGGGUCACGAUUCUUCAGGAAUUGAUGGUCUACCUAUAACGCCAAGAAGAAGCUUAGAAGAGAGUUCCUCCGCACGACAGUCUUUGUCUACAAGUGCACCUGCUUCCUCAUAUCACUCAAACAUUUCUACUACUGCCAAGCACAAAUGGAAUGAUACAAUCAACCGCGUUAAAGAAAAACUUAAUAUCGAUAAUGUCGGUAAAAAGAAUAGGGCUUCAAUGGAAGUUAAAAAAACUAAACAAGUUCUUGUCGAAAGAUUGGAAAUCGCGAGCGGGAAUACCCCAUUUUUUACUUGGUGUUGA